AUGCAGGCUGCCUCAGUAACGAAUUUGGCUUCCAAUAAUUUGCAGCCAAAAAAGGAGAAACGACCUCCUCUCACACACUUCUUAUGUCUGCCUCUUGUAUCGGAGACUUCACUGCCACUACUAGAGAACUCACUGCUCAAGUUCAAACAUAAUCUACUCCUCGCUCGCAAGGCUGGGGGUGAUCAUCCAUCGGAAUGGCUUCCGUCGCUGUUUCCGGACUCUGCAAUUCGACCCCUUGGUACUGUGCAUUUGACUCUGGGCGUCAUGAGUCUCACGUCAGCCACACGAAUAGAAGAAGCUGCGGAGUUUCUCAAGUCACUAAAUGUGGACAAGAUAUUGCAAGAAGUGCAAUCGGAGCUCGCAAGUCCGGGCACAGACGAGAGUACUAUACAAGGUGUCAACAAUAACCCGAUUUCCGUGUCUUUAGAAGCUUUAGGCGCAUUACCAAAGGCAAAAGCGGCGACUGUACUAUAUGCCAGCCCAGUUGACCCGACAUCGCGAUUGAAUCCAUUCGCAGUCAAGAUACGUCAAGCAUUCGUUACAGCAGGCUUUAUCGAGCAGGACUUUAUGAAACAGAGGCCGAAGAAAACUAAAACCAGAAACCAGGUAUCAAGUAGCGAGAAUAACGCCAGCAAUACUAAUACCAAUACCAAUAAUAAUGGACACAACGGAGCCAUCGUUGCUGCAAAAGCGGCGGAAGAAAGCAUAAUACAACAAAAGCCUAAAUUGAGACCAUUAUUUUUACAUGCCACGCUCGUCAAUACGAUAUACGCUCCUGGUGGACGAAACGCCCAUCACUCUUCCCAUCCCGGGAACAAAGCGAAAAGGGGUCGCAGACAUGCUGGACCUUUGACGUUUGAUGCGCGAGGCCUCCUGGCACGGUACCGUGAUUAUUACAUAGAUGGUACAUGCACGCAGGAAAAACAGCAUCUUCCUGCUGACGACAAUGCAGAACAAAGUAGUCAAGAUGGUGGUUGUGGUGAUGAUGAUGAUUGCGCAUCUCGUUCAUCAGAAGAGGAAGCUCAUCCUUCCAAGGGUGUGGAACAGAUACAGCAAGAACGUGAUACAGACACACCGAAAUACCCAUUUGUAUGGGCGAGCAAUGUUCCGAUUGAGAGGCUGUGUAUCUGUGAGAUGGGUGCUAAGACAUUGACUGAAGAGGAUAACCAUUUAGCGGCGAGAUUGGGACAGGAAUAUCGAAUUGUUACAGAGAGGAAACUGUUCUAG